AUGAUGGGAAAUGGAGACAGGAGGUCCAGAAGGAGAUCCAGUGUUUGUUGGUCCUUAACGGAGCGCUCAGAUAUUUAUCCAAACAUCAUAGCGAUGGGGUUCCCCGCCGAGCGUCUGGAGGGAGUCUACAGGAACAACAUCGACGACGUCGUACGGUUUCUGGACUCGAAGCACAGGAACCACUAUAAGAUCUACAACCUGUGUGCGGAGCGACACUACGACACGGCGAAGUUCAACUGUCGAGUGGCUCAGUAUCCGUUCGAGGACCACAACCCCCCCCAGCUGGAGCUGAUCAAGCCGUUCUGCGAGGACUUGGAUCAGUGGCUGAGCGAGGACGAGCAGCACGUCGCCGCCAUCCACUGCAAGGCGGGAAAAGGCCGCACCGGCGUGAUGAUCUGCGCCUACCUGCUGCACCGAGGCAAGUUUCAGGAAGCUCAGGAGGCCAUGGACUUCUACGGAGAGGUCCGCACCCGGGACAAGAAGGGCGUGACGAUCCCCAGCCAGCGCCGUUACGUCAUCUAUUACAGCUUCCUGCUGAGGAACCAGCUGCUGUACAAACCUGUGGCGCUGCUGUUCCAUAAGAUGCUGUUCGAGACCGUCCCCAUGUUCACCGGAGGAAACUGCAAUCCCCAGUUCGUGGUGUAUCAGCUGAAGGUCAAAAUCCACACGUCGAACCCCGCCAACACCCGGCGGGAAGACAAAAUCAUGCUGUUCGAGUUCCCACAACCACUUCCUGUCUGCGGAGACAUCAAGGUGGAGUUCUUCCACAAGCAGAACAAGAUGAUGAAGAAGGUGAAGAGGAGGAGGACAGGGGAGGGGG